AUGGCCGACGCCGUGCUUGUGAGCAAGACGGACGAGGGCAUCACCACCAUCACCAUCAACCGCCCGCACCGCCGAAACGCCGUCGACCCGCCCACGGCGAAGCUGCUCGCCGUCGCCUUUGCCGACUUUGACCGCGACGAGAGCCAGAAGGUGUGCGUGCUGCACGGUGCGGGGGACACCUUUUGCGCCGGCUUUGACCUGCAUGCGCUCUCCUCGGGACGGGCCCAGCAGCAACAGCAGGGACAGUCCGGCGAUGAUGCAGCAGAGCCGCGCGUGCUGGACGAGUACACGCCCGACGCAGACGCCCACCGUCGCGGCCACAACACGGCGCCCAUGGGCCCCUCGCGCAUGCAAACCUCCAAGCCCAUCAUCGCCGCCGUCGCCGGCCACGCCGUCGCGGGCGGGCUCGAGCUCUCCCUGCUGGCGGACCUGCGCGUGGCCGAGGAGGACGCCGUCUUCGGCGUCUUCUGCCGGCGCUGGGGCGUGCCGCUCAUCGACGGCGGCACGGUGCGCCUGCAGGCCGUCGUGGGCCUGGGCCGCGCCCUCGACAUGGUGCUGACGGGCCGGCCCGUGGGCGCGCGCGAGGCGCUGCAGUUUGGGCUCGCAAACCGCGUCGUCGCCCGGGGUGAGGCCGUGCGGGAGGCGCACGCGCUGGCGAGGCAGCUGCUGCGCUUCCCGCAGGGCUGCAUGCGCGUCGACCGCGCGAGCUGCUACUACGCGGCGUACGGCGCGCGGUCCUUCGAGGAUGCGAUGCGUUUCGAGUUCGAGAACGGGGUCCAGGUCGUGGCGUCGGAGAGCGUCGACGGCGCGGCCCGGUUCAGUGGGGGGGCUGGCCGGCAUGGCGACUUUGGCGACGGCGCGUCCAAGAUUUGA